AUGCUUCACGAGCUCUUACUGGCACUUUCAGGCUUCUCUGGCGACAUUAUUGUACACGUUUCCGCAAUGUCGGAGCCAUCCUCCUCUUCUCAACACUCUAUGGACUCUUCCACAUCGUCAUCAUCAUUCUUACGGAAUGGAAAUACUCAUGCCAAUCAAAUUACAACCAAUAUACAACAACGAGAGGGAUUUUAUUUGGAUGAUCAAUUACCCUUCUUGCAUGAAUCGGAAAAGAACACCAUACAACAACUAUGCCAAAUGGGAUUUUAUUACAAAAAGCUGUCGGAUUUUAUGACCCAUUAUUCGAGUGGGUCGUUGUAUAUAUUGGCUCUAAAGCAGGGUUUACAGGAAAUACUGGAGGGAUACUUGAGAAUUUUAACAAAGGCUGAACAAGAAUUUUGUAUUUGGGAAGAGGAGAUGAGUUCAUAUGAGAUUGGUGGUGAGAAUUCAUCAUUCUCAUCCCUACAUCCCUUCUCUAUCCCUUCAUCAUCGUUUCAGACUUUGCAGCAAAAUAAUAAUUCAACAGGUGCCAUAAUGCCACUCACUUACUUGAAACAAUUAUUACGAGAUUAUGAAAUCAUAUUUCCACAUUUGCUGGACAUCGUGAAACAAGUGCAGGCUGAGAACUUGAGUGGAGCAAAGUUAUUGGAUUUUCUAUAUAAUUCCACAUUUUCUGGAAUACCAAUUAUUGAGGCUUCUAUUAACCGAUUACUCUAUCACUGCAAUGUGGUGCUGAUGAAGCAAAUUUCAGCAUGGAUGAUUUAUGGCAUCAUUUCGAACCAUAGCGAAUUUUUCGUUUGUGAAGAAAUAUCAUCGCAACCAAACACGUCACAACUCGAGGAAGAGCUAUUCAAAACAAAUGAUGUCUGGAAUAAGCAAUACGUUCUUAAAACGAAUCAGAUACCUUCCUACAUCUCUCUACGAGUAGCAAACAAAAUUCUGUUCAUUGGAAAAGCAAUCAAGAUUUUACAAACAUUCAACAACAUUUCUAAAACAGAUAGACAAUACAAGCUUCCAAACGAAGAGCUUAUCGGGUUCAAGGAGGCCAUGAAAAUACAUGAAACAGCUAGGAAAUACAACUCUUUCAAUUUUGAGUUCACAAUCGACAAGAUAAGAAUCACUGUAGGCACACAUUUAUGGAAUUUAGUAGUGAUGGAUUGUGACUUGCUAGGUUAUAUCAAAUCAGUUCGAGAUUUGUUCUUUAUUGGAAUGGGAGACUUUUUCUUGUGCUUUAUUGAAGAGUCCGACAGAAUUUUUAGUCAACCACUUACUCCUCAACACUUGGUCAAAGAUUUGAAGAAUAUUUUCAAACAAUCUUCUCUCAAAAGCUCUGCAGAUAAUUACAAAUUUCUAGAUCAUUAUACAGUUUCAUACAACAAAAUAUCCCUAACUGACACUUCUAACAAGUACGACUUACUUCGAUCUAAACAAUGGCCCAACGAAAUUACUCUCGAAUUUAAUGUGGGAUGGCCACUCAAUUUAUUCUUCACAGAUGAUUUGAAGGAAAUGUACAAUGAAAUUUUCAAAUUUUUACUCACUUGCAAACGAGUUCAACACAAAUUAACAGCUUCCUGGAUUCCUCUCACAAGAAAUAGAAGCUCGACAACAUUUUCAGAGUUAUCAUGGACGUUGCUAUUGCGAUCGAAAAUGGCAAAUUUUGUGAAUAGUCUACAAUUUUAUUUACACACAGAGGUAAUCGAAGGAGAAUUUUUGGCUAUGGAGAAGUCAAUUAAGGAAACCAAAGACUUUGAAACUGCCAAACGUUUACACCAAACAUGCAUUGCAAAGAUACAUCAAAGAUGCUUUUUAAACAAGAAACAACUCAUUAUUCCACUGUUAACAAUGCUCGAUCAAUGCCUGAAUCUAUGUGACUUGGUGAGCAUGCUGAGCAGUGAUUUGAGACAAGAACGAUUCCAACAGUCAUCACAACGGCUGGAACAAAUAGAAAAAGAUUUCGAGAGAAACAAGAAUCUUCUGAUCCAAAUCGCUCCUUUCUUAUUUGCUAUGGGCGAUGUCCAAGCAUUCACAGAUGAGAAAUAA